AUUAAAGAGGAGGAAGAGGAGGAGUGGAGUCAGUCAGUCGUUCGGUUGGUCGGAGCUCAGAUGGAGGUUUUUCCUCCCGCUGAGGAGAAUCUGACGGCAUGACGACGACUUCCUGAGAGAGAGAGAGAGAGAGAGAGAGAGAGAGAGAGAGAGAGAGAACACACAUCCUCCGUUCAGUUUCCACGGUGACGGCAUCCUUCCAUCCUCCUCCAUCCUCCUCCAUCAUCUCUGUCCUGCUGCUGUCGGCUCGUCGGCGUCGUCAGGAUGGGAGAUAAAGGAACCAGAGUGUUUAAGAAAGCCAGUCCCAAUGGAAAGCUCACCGUCUAUCUGGGGAAGAGAGACUUCGUGGACCACGUGGACCUGGUGGAGCCUGUCGACGGCGUCGUCCUGAUCGACCCGGAAUACCUGAAGGAGAGGAAAGUGUUUGUGACUCUGACCUGUGCGUUCCGUUAUGGCCGUGAGGAUCUGGACGUUCUGGGUUUGACGUUUCGGAAAGACCUGUUUGUGGCGAACGUCCAGGCGUUUCCUCCACUGCCUGAAGAGAAGAAGAGUCUGACUCGUCUCCAGGAACGUCUGAUUAAAAAACUGGGAGAACAUGCCUACCCGUUCACCUUCGAGAUUCCUCUGAACCUGCCGUGCUCCGUCACCCUGCAGCCGGGCCCCGAGGAUACCGGGAAGGCCUGCGGUGUCGACUUUGAAGUGAAAGCUUUUUGUGCUGAAAAUGUUGAAGAAAAGAUCCACAAAAGGAAUUCGGUGCGUCUGGUGAUCAGGAAGGUGCAGUACGCUCCAGAGAAGCCCGGUCCUCAGCCGACAGCAGAAACCACCCGACAGUUCCUGAUGUCGGACAAACCUCUGCACCUGGAGGCCUCUCUGGACAAGGAGAUUUACUACCACGGCGAGCCCAUCAGCGUCAACGUUCACGUCACCAACAACACCAACAAGACGGUGAAGAAGAUGAAGAUCUCAGUGCGACAGUACGCAGAUAUCUGCCUGUUCAACACGGCUCAGUACAAAUGUCCAGUGGCCACUGAGGAGUCCGAUGACGUCGUCGCUCCCAGUUCAACUUUCUGCAAAGUUUUCACUCUCACUCCGUUUCUGGCCAACAACCGAGAGAAACGAGGUCUCGCUCUGGACGGAAAGCUGAAGCACGAAGACACCAACCUGGCCUCCAGCACACUGUUAAGAGAAGGAGCCAAUAAGGAGAUCCUCGGCAUCAUCGUGUCGUACAAAGUCAAAGUGAAGCUGGUGGUGUCGCGAGGCGGGCUCCUGGGAGAUCUGGCAGCAAGUGAUGUCUCUGUUGAACUGCCCUUCACAUUAAUGCACCCGAAGCCGUUAGAAGAAUCCAUCUACAGAGACGCUCCAGAUGAAGCUCCGAUCGACACAAACCUGAUCGAGUUUGACACACAUGAUGAUGACAUCAUCUUUGAAGACUUUGCCCGCCAGCGGCUGAUCGGGGCGAAGGACGAUGAGGACGAGGAGCCGGUAGACUCGCCCAAACUCGAUGACAGAUAGAGGCGACGAGCACCGCCGCCACUGCUGCUGUUGUUGUUUUGCUGCUGUUUGUAGUGUGGAGCUAACGGAGGUCACCUUUAGGUCAAACCACAGUCUGGACACCCUUUAAAACACUCGGCGGUGCAGUGUUCGUGUUCUCGUUCAUGUUUGUCCUCUCUGCGUCCUGCCGGGGUGUACAAAGCUAGAAUACAGCAGCCUAGACGUCAGUUGUGUUUUCAGACGGAGCAACUCUCCUUUGCUGGCCGGCCGGAGCGUUGAGCCAGCGGCCGCGGCAUCGUAAUGAUGGCUGAUAGCAUGCCUAUAAUGUCACUUUGUUCAACGUGUUACCAUUAAGGACAGAGCAGGAGUAACGUUGUGUUGAGAUUAGUUUCGAUGUGUCUUAUUAGAGGGUCUACAUAAACAACAACACUGCCAACUUUGGUUGAUCUGGAACAGUUCACCACUCGAGCCACAACAUGGACUUCAGCUGACGACGUUUCACAAGGUUUUUGUGGACGAAGCGUCCAGAACGAGAAGAAACAGCGGAUGAAAAGUGAUCUGUAGGACAUCCCGACUCGCUGAGAGGACCUUAAACUGUCAGAGAGAGCCACCAAUCAGCUGAGAGGAACUGGUGGCCUUGUUUGCAUGAUAUACAUCAAUACUUUAUAUGAUUUAAUAAUAUCAUAAGUAAUCUUUAUAGGGGAUGGCCCUGAUUUUAAGAACCAUACGAGUGUUUGUUGUCUCAUGUUUUUCAUGUUGAUCAUUUUCUAAAUCAUCAGCAGUAUUUACACUGAUUCCUUCCUUCUCAGCAGCUGCUGGUUUCACUUCAUUUCUAUACAAAUCACCUUGCAGACAGAUGAGUGGGGCUGCAUAUUAAAUACACUUUGGUAACAACUGAAAUCUGACGUCAAAUGUGAUAAUCUUGUUCACCUGAUUUACAUGAUUUCUCCAGACUAUUUUAUUAAGACAAGUUCUUGUUUGGCUGCAUGUGCUCAGAUCAUUUUUUGACUUUUAUUUUUUCAAUGAAACAAAGACAUUUUGAAGAAAAACAUUUUAGUACUGAAAAUUUUCAAACAUUAUUCAAACAAUUGAAAGAACUGUAAAUGAAACUGAAUUUAAUCUCCCAAAGGAUUCACCACACUGUUUAUUGCUUCCUUUAAAAAAACGUCUUUGUCACCUGUAAAACGACUUCAUUUUGAGCCGAAAACUACAAAGGAACUGAGAGUGUUUGCGGCCCUGAAAAAAGCCAAACCCAGAAGAUAAAUGAUAUACAUAAAAGGAUGGUGUUAAUUCCUCGGAUUACAAAGUCGGCUCUCAAGUCUCUGAUGUGGGAGCAUCCUUAAACUGACCAACAGGAAGAGUUUUCCAAGUAGUCUCUGCUUUCAUGUGAAUCACCUCAUUAUAACCGUCAUAAAGCAACGGAAGGAUUUACUCUACAAGAACUCAACUGACUUUCAUAGAAAUAAAGUAAAAACACUGACCGCAUGGAAGAAAGUCUAAAAAUAGACGGAUGAUUAAGAAAAUGAUCACCUGAAGUAAACAGGAUGUAUUAAUUAAAUAAAAAUAAACCAGUAUUUUCCUUCAAUGAACAAAUAUUCAUGUGAAUUUAUUUUACUUUGAAAAAACAAUUUUGAAAAUCCAAAGUUACUGAAACAAAAUCAAA